GAGUCUAAAAACCAGGCCAACCACUUCCACAACACUUUGUUUGGUCAACAGCAAAAGCUAUUGCACUGACACACAUGUCUUUUUGGAAUUGAAUUUAGUGACGGUCAGUCAUCGAAUCGAGUGUCGCGUGAUCUCGUUCUUACCGGGUAAUUUUGGAUCGUCGUGCAGCAGCUUUUUCUUUCUCAAACCGUUUGUCCCUCCGAGUUUCCACCUGGUUUCUUCUGGAUCGCUGAAGCUCCGGCGGGACAAACCUAACGCUUUGCAGCCAGACGUCAGAGUGUGACUCGGUCCAGAACCGCACACAGUCCGAAUCCCCUUCAUGAAUGACGGUAAGGACGUUACGGGGCUCGUCUUCAAAUGGAAGCGUCGACUCUGGAGGCAUCUAGACAGAAACACCGCGUACGAGUUCAUGCCUCCAAGCGGUUGAGAUCAGACGGAAAAGAAAAGCCCUCGCAGGUCAGAAGAGAUGACGAGGGAGCAAAUCCAGGACAGCAGCGGUCGGAACACCGCUCAUGGUGCCGCAGUCCAGCUCACCCUCAACAGCAGCAACAAACUUUCACCGGUGCUACUUCUUAGCAGAGCUGGUGUUAUGACACUUUAAUAACUAUUUCCGGCCCAAGUUUGGAUCAUAACAGUCAAGUGGCAUAAAAUAGCCGACCACAGCAUCACUAAAAAGUCACUGUCAAUACAACAAAUGACUGGUAACCGCUAGGUAAGCGCACUUCACUCGGUUAGCCGGAUGGAAACUAGCGACCGUGUCAAAUGACUCUCUGACGGACCGGACCAUGAUGCACCGCGGCGAGCAAAGAUCGUCUAUUGACAGACAGCGCACUCUGGUAGCAACUGAGAGACAGUUUCCCGUUCAACCUAGUAAUUGAGUUUAAGAGUAAAUACACAACAUCGUAUGGGGUUGGUCAUUUUAUAAAUGAUUUCAAAUCGGGUUUUUUUAUUGCAGGGGAUUGUUUGAUCACUGAAAUGGAGACACAGCUGAGGGAACAACCUCGUAUUUAGGUCAUUAGGUUUAAUGACCUAAAUACGAGGUUGUUUUUUAUCUGCACAGAUUAACUGCAGUGUUGGUUUUUACGGGUGAAAACCCCCCGAUAGGAUCGGUAUUCUGCGCGGUAAUUCGGGCUUCUCCGUCAGAGUUGGCUCGACAGCGCCCUCGGAUGUCGCGCCGAACCCAGAUGAAUCUGGGCGAACUGGAUCGAGGAUCAGGAUGCUGAGACCCAGAAGGAUGCUGACGCAGUGCUGUUCUGGCCUCUGAAAAGGCCUCGGCUCGCUGCCCCCCUUCACUCUCGUCUACUGGCUGUUGAUCUUCCUCUCCGCCAUGUUCCAGUGCUGCACCAAGUUAGCGGACAGCGGCGGGGCGAGGAGCUCCGUGGCUAAGCUGCUACUGGGGGUCUUCGUGGUCUACACGGUCCACACCGCGUGGCUGCUCUACGGCUUCAUCAACACCAGAACCUGCGACCGAACCAGAGGGGAGUUGUGCAUCUCCUCCUACCUGACCAGCAGACCCCGACUCCAGAUGAGUGUCUACACCUGCCUCGUACCCGACAACAGCCCGCUGAACCUGGCAUUCAAAAUUGACCCAUUUGACCCCCAGUCUUCAUUUGAAAGGCAGGUGAGCGUGUCCCUGCCAGAGGAGACUCGAGCCAACGGAAGCCUGUAUGCAGUGGUCUACGUCCACAGGGCCGGGGCCUCACCACUGGAGGACAGCAGAGCAGUCCAUCACGCAGCUCAGCUCACCACCUUCCUCACCCGCGUGGAUGCCGAGGCCAGCAAGGACCCUCUGAAGAAGUCCAGCCGUAGACCAGAGAGCCCUGUUUCGCACUGGAGACCCCACCUCUCGGUGGCUCUGAUGAUGGAGGACUUCACUUUCAACAAAGCGGGACUCCCCAGCGACGUGCGCCGCCACAUGAGAGUCUCUCGGGAUGGUCAGCAGAUGAUCUACCUCCCUCUGCUGCUCAUCAAUGAGCUGGACUUCAGGGUCAGAGAUCUGCAGGAGAUCAACAGCAGCACCACACAGCUCCCCCUCACUGUGUCCUAUGAGGGGAUUAGUUUGAAAAGAUUCCGGUUCUGGGUCCACCUGCAGGACGUGGUUUAUUCCCUCCGACAGUUUGGCUUCACAGAAGAGAACAUUGAUGAGAUCAAGGAAACGCUGCUCAGCUCCAACCUCUACCUGCUGCUGACGACGGCUCUCAUCACGGCUGUUCAGCUCAUCUGCGAGUUCCUGGCUCUGAAAAAUGACAUCAGCGCGUGGAGGAAGAAGAAAAGCAUGGCAGGAAUGUCCAGAAAGUCAGUUUUGUGGAGGAGCCUCGGCACCUUGCUGAUCUUUGUCCACCUUCUGGAGGAGACCAGUCUGCUGGUUCUGCUUCCAGUCGGGCUGGGCGCUUGUGUGGAGGUAUGGAAGGUGUUUAAGAUAUUCAAGAUCCAGUCUCACGUGAGCAAGCUGGACGAGGAGGACAGGAGGACCGUGGAGAUGGACUCUCAGGUGAGUGGUCCGCUUCAUGCGCUGAUGCCACCCGACGCCUCGCUCUCUCCUCAGGCCUCCAGAUACCUGUCCUAUCUGGUCAUUCCUCUGUGCGUCAGCGGCGCCAUUUUCUCCAUGGCCUACUUACGUCAGAAGAGUUAUUUCUCCUGGAUCAUCAACACCCUGGUGACUGGGGUUUAUGCUUUAGGCUUCCUGUCCAUGGUGCCGCAGCUGUUCAUCAACCACAAGUUGAGGUCCGUGGCUCACCUUCAGGGGGCAGCGCUGGUGUACCGGGGAGUCAAUACGCUGAUCUCAGACCUGUGCUCCUGUGUGUCCUUGUUCUCCUCUUCUGGACUCGUCCUCUCCUCUCAUCAGCUGUCCUGCUUCAGAGAUGAGCUCCUGCUCCUGCUGUACCUCUUCCAGCGGAGGAGCUACGGCUCCAGGGCCCGAAGAAGAGAGUCUGGGACUCACGGGAAGAAAGUCAAACCUCAGUGAUGAGAGGUCCUGCAUGAACAAGUCCAAUGACGUGGAGAAACAUUUGCUCAUUGAUACUCCUUCAUUCACGCAGCAACACGCGCUUCGCUUCACGACUUCAUCGGGAUCCCACCCGAGGACGUGACGCGUCUCCCACCAUAUUAUUGUUUUUGGUUCAAACAACUAAAAUAUGAAGUUGAUCAACACAAACACACUAGUUUGCGUUUUUUUAUGUUGCAUGAAGUGGAGUGCACACGACCGGUGAGAGAGUCUUGUCUGCAUUUCUUGGUCAGUUUCUAGGGAGACUUGGACUCUGUGAGGAAGAGUUGGACUCUGUCAGCGACAGUUGGACUCAGGAAGAGUUGGACUCUGUCAGGGGUACUGGACUUCUCAUAGCAAGAGAUGGCAGGGUGACUGGACUCUCUGGAGACAGGGUGAGACUUGUGUGAGACCUUGCUCCUCCACUCCAACAGCAGGAAUGGUGACAGUUCUCGGUCGUGUCAGGAUGCCUCCCUGGUCGGGGCCAGCUGGGAGGAGGACCCGGGGCAUGCCCAGGACACUCAGGAGGGAAACAUCUGGCAGAUGUCCUCGGUGUUGCGCCAGGUGACCUCCCCAUGACUGCUCAUCACAUGACGCUGAUUUUAGUUUCCUGCUGUAGACUUCUGCUGAGUCACGCUUGUUGGCCGACAGUGGUUUUCCUUGCAUUGCAAAAAGACUUGUUUUCUUUAGAUGAUGUAAAUAAAACCUGUUUUAAAGUUUCA